GGCCACAGAAAGCAGUAUUGCGCGCUUUUCAUUGCCGCCGUUUUCCCCCCAAAUAUAGAACGAAUUAAUAAAUUAACAGUGUUUGUAAAUAAUUGGAUUUAACGGAAGUCGGUAUUGUUGGAAAUCACUGGUCUAGCCAAAAAUUGGGAGGCUCCAAUGAUUUGGUGAAUAAUGCCGAAUUUUUGCGCGGCCCCGAAUUGCACUAGGAAAAGCACACAGUCGGACUUGGCUUUUUUUAGGUUUCCCAGAGACCCGCAAAGAUGCCAGCUGUGGGUGGAGAACUGCCGUCGCGCAGACCUGGAAGACAAAACGCCCGACCAGCUGAACAAACAUUACCGGCUCUGUGCCAAACACUUCGAGCCGUCGAUGAUCUGUAAAACCAGCCCAUAUAGGACAGUACUGAAAGACACUGCUGUUCCAACAAUAUUUGACCUAACCAGCCACCUGAAUAAUCCACAUAGCAGACACCGCAAACGGAUAAAAGAACUGACUGAAGAGGACAUAAGGAGAAUGAAAGAGAGGAGACUGGAAGCCGCUCGUGACCAGUCCCAGAAUAAAGAAAAUGAAACCAGCGAGAGCCAGGACAGUGCUGGCACCAACGAGGACGUGCCCUCUCUGAGCCCGGAGGAGAAGGAGCUCCGGGACUACCUCAAGUCCCUGUUCGAGGUCAUCGUGGUGAUCGGCAAGCAGAACAUCCCGCUGAACGGCCACCUGGAGGUGGAGGAGGACAGCGAGUGCUUCACGCCCAGCAACUUCCAGGCCCUGCUGGAGUACCGCAUCAACGCCGGGGACGAGGUGCUCCGCAGGAGGUUCGAAACCACCGCCGUCAACGCCGAGUACUGCCCGUCCGGCCAGCAGCGGCGCAUCCUGGAGGUGUGCGAGAGCUGCGUGCGGGAGGAGCUCCUGCAGGAGGCCAGAGACGCCCGCUUCUUCUCGUUGGUCACCGGCGAUCUGGCCGACUUCCCCGAGGGGCCCCACAUCCCGCUCUUCCUGCGCUUCGUCGACCAGUCCCACUUCCUGCGGGAGGAGUUCAUUGAGUUCCUGCCCUUCGAGGGGGACGAGGAGGCCCUGACAGAGCGGCUGGUGGCCCAGAUCACCGAGAAGUGGGGGCUGAGCAUGGAGCACUGCCGUGGCCAGGCACAUGUUGGCUCCGGUGUCUUUGCUGGCAAAAUCAAAGCCGUCGCCAUCCGGCUGAUGGAGAGGUACCCGCUGGCCGUGUACACGCCCUGCUCCACCUGCGCCCUGAAUGUUUACCUGGCGAACAAUCUGCUCCUCACCGGGGUUCAGGUGGUGAUGUCCACUUUAAAAAGGAUCGGCUUGUUCUUCAGCAAGUCGCCCUUGCUGCAGGCCGAGCUGGACCACGCCAUCUCCAUCUUCUAUCAGGGCAACGAGGAGAAGGCGAACAGCCUCAAGGAGACCUGCCGCCUCGGCUGGACGGAGAGGCACGACGUGUUCGAGCUGGCUGUGGACCUGCUGGAGUCUCUCCUGCUCUGCACGGACAGCAUUCACGACAACGAGGACUUGAAGUGGAACGACCGGAUCACCAGCGAGGCGUACACCAUCUCCGAGGCCCUGGCCGACUUUGAGUUCGUGGUGACUCUGGUGGUGCUGAAGAACGCCCUGUCCUUCACCAGGGCGUUCGGCAAGAACCUGCAGGGGCAGACCCUGGAUGUGUUUUUCGCCGCCAGCAGCCUGACGGCGGUCCUGCACUCGCUCAACGAGGUCAUGGACAACAUCGAGGUCUACCACGAGUUCUGGUUCGAGGAGGCCGUCAACCUGGCUGCGGCCAUGGAGAUCCCGGUGAAGGUGCCCAGGCUGUACUUCAGGAAGCAGCGCACCGAGGCGGGGGUGGAGAUCCAGCCCGAGAGCUACUUCAAGGAGUACCUGACCGUGCCGGUGGUGAGGCGCAUCAUUCAGGAACUGAAGGAGGUGUUCUCCGAGAACCACCUGAAGGCGCUGAAAUGCCUGUCGCUCGUCCCCGCCGUCAUGGGCCAGCUGAAGUUCAACGCGUCGGAGGAGAGCAACGCGGACUUGUACAGGAACGACCUCCCCAACCCGGACACCCUCCCUGCCGAACUGCACUGCUGGAGGAUCAAGUGGAAACACCGAGGCAAGGAGAUCAGCCUGCCCUCAACCAUCCACGACACCAUCCAGCUGGCCGAGGUCAAGUUUUUCCCCAACGUCUACGCCUUCCUCAAAGUGCUCUGCACGCUGCCAGUUCUGAAGCUGGAGAACUCCAAGUGCGAGGUGGCCUGGAAGCGCAUGAAAGCGUACCUGGCGGACACACCUGUGAACCACAGGUCCAAGAGCCUGGCGGUGCUCAACAUCAAUUACGAUGUCAAGCAUGACUUGGAAGUGAUGGUGGAUGCCUACAUUAAAAUGUACCCAGAGAAAGAGGACGAGUCACUCGAAUGAGGCUGGACAGGGAAACGAGGUUGGGUGAACUGUAUGCCUUUUGCCUGGUUGGCUCGCGCGAAUGUUAAGCUUCACUUGACAUUGAAAUGUACCCAGCAGGAAACGAUGACAUUGGAAUGACUGAGUAUAUGGCUCUGCGUUUAGGACUACUUCAUCUUUUGUAUAAGUAAAUGUUUAUUUAACUUUUGACAGGUUUUUACCAAAUGUGUUUUCCAUGCCUUUUGCCUGUUUUUGGCAAUUCAUAAUGUUAUUUCAGAUUAAAUUGGUCCAUCAUAGUCUUCUGCUCAUAGCUCUGGCUUCUGUCGUUGUCACUUUUUAUUGCAGUGUACAGAAUAAAAUCUUGUCAACACUUGUGGCAGAAAUACCUUUUCAGUGCUCUGUACUGGCUCAGCAAUUUUGAAACAUGACAGUCAACAGGUUUACGACGUCAUCAUGGGUUUAUGAUUACAAUGAAUCAUUUUCAGUUUAUUUUUGGUUAUGUUUGUUUUAGAAUAUCAUACUCCUGUUAGAAUCAAAUUUAUG